AUGAGUGGUUCUUCCAUCCAGAGCUGUACGCACGCCGUCCCAGCCGUUGGGCUUGCCUUGGCCUCUAGAAACGCCGCUAUGACCACGCUGUCUGCGUCGUACCUUGUGGACGCUAGGAACUUCUUCUCAGUAACAGCACGAGGGUUGAUGAAGUAUCAAACCUGGGACAUCCUUAAAAGCGUAGCUCUGUCUUCACUCGUCCUUCGAGAGGAGUCACAUCCUGACGACGUGACUGCUAUGCUGGUGGACGCUGGUAUCACUGCCCAGCAAAUGCCCUGUCUCAACUUAAUGGAGAUCUGGUAUGGGACAAGAAAUACUGCUUGCGUCUUCCGUUACUGUGUAAUCGAGGGCGAUUCUGAGAUUCGUUGGCACGGCACGUGGUCACAUAAUCUGGCACAGUCUGAGAUCUUCGAGGCCUGGCAGAGAGUGGCACAAAUCCAUAACCGGACGUGA